AUGGGAAUACUCAUCAGUACACUUGAUUCCGAGCAACUGAACACUUAUCAACAAAGCGUACAAGAAUUGGUGGGUGUUAUCAGACAAAAGGACACUACCUUCGCACAGCUAAUCGAACGAGCAACGAGUUCGAGCGAUCUAGUUGCAUCUCAAUCAAGUCUGCAAGCUAUUGUGCAGUAUGUGCGGUCCAGGCCCUCCUGCUCCAACCGGACGAGCGAUGACACAGGCGAAGCUCCAAAGCCCGUCCAUCGGAACAAAUACUUUCUAGCCUUUUUAAACAACCUCAAACAGCGCCAAAACUCAAUUCAAAUAUUACUUCAGGAGAGACUUCCGAAAUGGACUGAAGAGCCUUUCUCUUUUUGGGGACGUGUCGAUCCCUUGUCUCAAUUAUCUCUGUCAGCUGCCCUCCGACGUCUGUGUGUCUAUAUCGAGAAUUUCGAUGAGGAAAUAAUUAUAAGUCCAAUACGACGACGGCUCUCUCUAGCCAGGCUUAAUGAAUGUCGAGAAGUUGUAGAAAGAAGGAUUGAGUAUCUAGCUGGAAGAUCACAAAUAAAGGUCAAGAAAGGUGCUACAUACAAGUCAAUCUCAGUCUACGUUUUAUCCAAGUUGGCUUGCGAGACUUCUGGAGAGGUUAAAAUAAGGUCUAAAUUCUUGUCACAACUCCGAGCCGGCGAAAGGUACAGUCGAUUACAAAUCGGGAUGCUUCUCGCUCUUGGAGAUGUUCAGUUUGAUGGAAUGGAAAGAUGUUCCUGGAAUGAUUUUGAAAUCAUUGCACAGUACUGCGACACUGUUUCUCCUGACUUUAUAUUGGAACUUGGCAAAGUAGCAAUUGUGUUAAAGCAGGCAAUUUGGGAUAGUGAGCUCAACUUUACGGAAUUGGAUCUUAUCAUCAUAUCACUUUUGUCGCCUACGUCCCAUCCAUAUAAAGAGCCAAUCUCUUACGGACAACCUGGGAGGCCUCCGAAACGAAAAGCUACAAGUUACAAUCUGCAAAAUAAGAAGCAAUGCCAGGGUAUACAACGUUACACUAUAUCUUCACCUGAGUCAGAUGGUGGGCAGAGGAACAUAAAUACCGCCGCUUCCUGUGGCACACAAACCCGCCUUGACAAGACUAUAACUCCGUGUGAUACAAGGGACGGAGGCCUGCGAGAAAACACGCAUGAUGAACAACGACUUCAAUCUCUGCAGGACACCAACAACUCAAUGGGCAUUACUAAUUAUGAUGAUAAUGCUUCCGAUACAACAUGGCAAGAAGCUAAUUCUUGGUUUGACGAUGAUCCCGCUACCUUGACGAGAUUACGUAGCGACGAAAGACAUUCUGUUGUAUAUAACGAUAAUUCGGCUGCUCCGCCAGACAUGGGUCAAGAAUUUACUUUCAUCGAUGACCCAGCUGCUCUAGCGGGCAUGAGCCAGGAAUUUCCUUUCACUUUUAUCGAUGGUCCAGCUGCUCUAGCGGGCAUGAGCCAGGAAUUUCCUUCCCACUUCGUCGAUGAUCCGGCUGCGACGUUAAGCACAAGUAACGAGAAUUUUAGGUAA